CUUUGCGAUAAACGCGAAAGAUUAUUGGAAGCUACCCCCCGUUUUUCACCAAAUAGUUUGUUCGGUAAUUAUCAAACGGUUUUCAUGAGCCCCAUUACCUGACAAUAUAAACUGUUCAACCAAUAGGUUUAUCGACCUGAUUUCUGAAGAUUAAAUUUCACAAUAAUGCCAUCAUUGGCACGUAUUAACGAUUUGUGUGAGUUUGUUAAGGAAACGUUUGCAAUCAUCAAGAAGUAGAAGUUUUUUUCUAGGAAAUUUGAGAGUGAAAAACCAAGAAUUUAAAGUGACAAAUAUUUGAGGAAUAUCCUGUGGUGCAAAAGAUGAAGAAAAUAUUUCAUAAAAUGCUUUUCCUGCCAUUACUUCACAUUACUAUUGUCGUCGCCGUUGUCCAAUGUGCAAGUAUUGCAUCAAAAUCUACUGUAACUGUGAAGAGACCAAAAGGAUUUGGGAGUGCAAAGCGAGCGAUUAUCAUUGGAGUGGACGGUUUAGGAGGGGUACAUCUGAGAAAUGUAACAAACAAGUAUUCAUCUUUCAAAUCAUUCUUUAACUUUGGAUCAUUCACAACUCGUGCGAGAGGUGUUUACCCAACUUCUAGUGGCCCAAACUGGAGUUCAUUUGUCACAGGUCUUGAUGUCUUCGGUCACGGUGUGCUUUCUAAUGAUUGGAUGGAAGAAAAUGGUGAUCCACUUGAUGACGUAAGCUACAGUAUUCCUCCUGUGACGGGCCGAGGUCGACCUUCGACGAUUUUUACUCAGGUUAAGAGAAAGGACUCUCGAUUGAAGACAGCCAUGAUGUUCACGUGGUCGUGGCUAAGAAACUACGCCAUAAAUAACUCAGACAUUGAUGCUUGGCAUUGGGGAGGAGAAGGAAUCACGUGUGCACCUAAUGACGUUGUCGACUGCUACGAUCGUAAGGACUGGUACACAAUGCUUGCAGUGACAAAAAACUUGGCAAAAGAUCCCGUUCUCACAUUAAUACAUUUAGAUGCCGUAGAUUUGGCUGGUCAUAGAUCUUGCUGGGGAUGCCCGUUGUAUUAUAAAGCUAUGAGAACUGUGAAUAACAAAAUUCUUUUCUUGUUGAAUGCAUUGAAAAGAAUGAAAGAUUCUUCUGGAAAGAUAAUGUUGGACGAUACUUUAAUUGUGAUUGUUUCUGAUCAUGGAGGAUGGAGAAACAGUCAUUCUUAUUCUAAACCAAUUAUUGCCAAUGUUGAUAUUCCUAUUCUAUUUAGAGGUCCAGGCGUUCUUAAAAAUAAUAGUUUGGAAAAUAUUUAUGUGUCGAACGUUGAUGUAGCCGCAACAGUUCUCAAUGCUAUCGCUGUGGAGAAAAGUGAAUUUAUGCCAGGAAAAGUUUUGGAGCAGAUUUAUCAAUAACAUGGAUUACAAUGAAUUACAAUAAGUAAGCAUUCAAUUAUUUUGUUGGUGUACUAUCUUAUUGACCAAAAUAACUCAAUAUACACAAAAGUUUAAAAAUACAAAUAUGAAAAUAAAAUUAAUGUUAUGCUACAUUGUAUACAAAAGUUACAAGCUAUCUAUUUCUACAUGAAAUGUUAUUUUUUAUCCUCCA